AUGGCAGUUGGGUGGACAACUCCGACAGCAACACCAUCCCUGGGUACGGGUCGAAUUGUCUUCACCACCGGAAGCACUAUCGUGAUUGAUGCACCUGCUAAAGAGUUGUUCAAUGCCAUGGUCGAUUUUAGAAGAUACAGCGAGUGGAACACUUGGACUCCCAGACUCACAUUCAUCGAUACUGAAGCUUCAGAAGCGGGGGAGCCAGGAGCCAACGGGAUUCUGGAGACUCUGACCGAUAGCGGUGACGACAUCAUGAAAAUCCCAAUUGAGAUCCUAAUAUUAAGCCACGGGGAGCAACAAUCUAAGCUGGCAUGGAAGAGCAAUUACCUACCCUUGUGGGCUGCAACCCUUGAGCGGGUACAAGUUGUCACUGCCAAGGGGCCAGAUGCGUGUGAAGUCAAGAACUGGGAGUCUUUGGGUGGCCUUGCAGCAUAUGCGAUGAAGCUCUCGUGGGUAUCAAAACAACUUGAGGCAGCUAAUGUGCGGUACCUUGACGAGCUUGCGGCUUUUGUGAAAGGUGAUGUUGCCAAGAAGGCUGCGCUUGUGAAGGCUUGA